AUGACUAGAGAAAGAAUGCGUCGACGAGCUGCAAACAAAAGGGCGUUGAGAGAACUAGAUGAGCAACUUGGCAUGGGCGUUGCUUUGCUUGAGGAAGAAAACCAGAGCCGCUGUGGUUCACGAGAAGGCCGUGGCCCAAAUGUGGAUAGAUAUAGACAUUCUCGGGGUAAGAAUCUUCUGGAAGAUUAUUUUAUCCCACAUUCUCUGUACUCUGAUGUUCAUUUUCAAGCGAGAUAUAGAAUGAAACCCCAUUUAUUUAAUAAAGUCAUGCAUGAUAUUUGCAAUUACGAUGAAUACUUUGUUCAAAAGAAAAAUUAUGCUGGAAAUUUGGGGCUUCUUCCCAGGCAAAAGUUCACAGUUGUGAUACGAAUGUUGGCGUAUGGGUCAUCUGCUGAUCAGGUGGAUAAGAUUGCUCGGAUAGGGAAGUCCACUAUUUUGGAGAGCUUGGUGGAUUAUGGCAAUAGGAAAGGGCAGAAAAGCAUCAUCCUUGAAGCAGUUGUUGGUUUUGAUACAUGGGUUUGGCACGCCUUCUUUGGAGUUGCCGGCUCUCAAAAUGAUUUGAACGUCCUAGGUCAAUCCCCGGUGUUCAAUGAUGUUCUGAGAGGCCUCGGCUCCUUUUCGCCUCCUUCCUCCCAAUAG